GGUUCGCUAAAAGUUUCGACUCUACUUCUACUCGAGACUGAAACUCACCCCCUAACGGUGCAAAAGGCACCCUUCGUAGCUACGGUGCAAAGGCGCCCUCGUAGCCGUAGCGCGUAGCGUCCUUGCGAGGCGCGUGCGUGCGUCAGUCGGCCGCAGCCGCGCGACGCCGCUCCACGCCCGGCAUGCUACGCGCCCGGCGCUGCCAACCUCACAGAAUCACCACACAACACCGCGCGCCCCUGUGCCGACGGCGGCAUGUUGGGCGCGCGGCUGAAGUCCUGGAUGGAAGCGCAGCUGGGGCGCGCCAAGAAGCGCAAGCAGAAGCAGCGGCUCCCCGCCACCACGGGCCCGCUGCCGCCGCCCCACCUCUCCUCCCCCGAGAGCGCCUACAGCACCGGGUACUCCACAGAUGGCACGUCGCCCGGCGCGCCGCCCGCUCCGCUCGCCGCUCCGCUUGUCGCUCCGCCGCCGCCGCCUGCGCCGCCCACUACACACCUUUACCAUGAGCCAGCUAAGCGUCGAUCGAGCGUGGGAGUCCGGCGCCCGUUGCCCGAGCCGCCCGUGGUCUGCAUGACCCCGUCUCCCCGGCCUCGCUGUCGCAUCCGCACCAACCCCUGGCUCGGGGCCACGUCACCCAACCCCCGGCGGCGACCCCCGCACCUUGUACAACAGCAGUCGCUCCAGUGCCCGCAGCAGACCCCUCAGCUACACCACGCGCCGUACUCUUUGGAUUCCCACCCUGCUAAGUUUAGCAACAGGUCACCGCACCUGUCGCCCCACUUGUCCCCACAACCUCGCUCUCCGUGCUACCGCGAGGGAGCGAGUAGCGACGAGGAGUGCAGGGGCAUGCGCACAAGGGGGAGAGAGACGGCCAUACUAUCGGAUGCCGAUAUAGAUUCUGAUGGGGAUACAGGGCUGGAUGGUGGGGAUGAGGACGAGCCUGAUGAGACUGCGUCGCCUGGACGAAGACGGGCAAGGAGGAGGCGGCCGCCGCGACGACCACCGCGAUCAGCUGGAGCAACACCACCACGAGCUCGACGUCGGCACGCUCCAUCAGCGCCACCGGUCCGCGAGCGCGACCCGUUAUUGGAGGCCGACCGCGAGGCCGAACGCAAGUACCGCGAGCUCAUCCGCGAGGCCGAAAAGCUGCUUGUCACCGUGUCGCGGGCUCCGCUCGAGCCACCGCAUAAUCCUAGAGUUCGUGAGCUUAGGGCUACGGAGGUGGAAGCCCCCCGCCGCAGCCCCGAGCGCACGCACCUGACCAACUUCAUGCGCGCCAACUCGCCCGAGCCGCGGCGCCAGCCCCUCACCCCCGCGCGCCGCUCCCCGCUCGCCGCGCCGCCCCCGCCCCCGCCGCCGCCCCCGCCCCGCGUCGCCCUCAGCCCCGACCGACCUCACUCCGAGCCGCCGAAGAGGAAGGCCUACCAGAGGGAUGAGGUCCUCCAAACACUAGAAGGCCUGCGCAAGAGUCUCCAGCAACAUUCAGCCCUGCUGGCUGUGCAGCGCACCCGCCUCGACUCUCUAUAGCCUACAACGGUUGUAUGUUAACGUUUCUUCCCGUCCCUGCCAAACCUAUUGUAGACCUCAGUGUAGCGUGUAGCCAAAUAGGCCGUUUACUUGGCACAUUCAAC